GCGAACCUAGAAGUGGCGGCGCUCAGCUUUGCAUAGCAAUGCACAGCUUUGCAUAACCAAUACAAGCAGGCAUUUAAAGACGACAACGCUGUCACAGACCUAGCAGUUAACCAGGCGCGGACCCACCUUUUGCAAUGAGACCCUCGAUGCAGGCUCCGUUCCUGAUCGCCCUGGGCUUGCUUCUUGCCGGCCCUGCUGCUCCUGUAAGCGUCCUCUCAGAACGGCUCCGUAGCUUUUCCUGGGAUAACUGUGAUGAGGGGAAGGACCCUAUGGUGCUCAAAAGCCUGACUCUGGAACCUGACCCCAUUGCCGUUCCUGGGAACGUGACUGUCAGUGCCGAGGUGAAGACCACUGUCGCCCUCUCUGCUCCUCAGAAGGUGGAACUAACGGUGGAGAAGGAAGUGGCUGGCGUAUGGGUCAAAAUUCCAUGUGUGGAUCAGAUCGGUAGCUGUACUUUUGACAAUGCCUGUGAUAUACUAGACGCUUUGACUCCCCCUGGGCAGCCCUGCCCAGAGCCCCUGCACACCUUUGGGCUUCCCUGCCACUGUCCCUUCAAAGAAGGCACCUACUCACUGCCCAAGAGUACUUUCCCCUUGCCUGACCUGGAGCUGCCCAGCUGGCUCAGCAACGGGAACUACCGCGUCCAGAGCAUCCUGAGCAGCGGUGGGAAACGUCUGGGCUGUGUCAAGAUCACUGCCUCUCUAAAGGCCAAAUGAUGUGGCACCAGCCUCAGCAGAAUGAAGGAGUGUGAGGAAGUCGUCCCUCUUCCCCUGUCUUGUGUUGGCCAAGGCCUGAUUCUAACUCUCUGUCUACCUUUUUAAGCCCCUUUCUACAAUGAUGCUAUUCCCCUCACUGAAAGCCAUUUUGUGCCACCUACAUUUUAGGUGUGGGCAAGCAGCCCUAACCUCAGGGAGCAUGAGCUUGGGGUUCUUGAUAGCCCAGGACGUGUCCCGGGCUGGCCACACCGUUUCUUCCUCAUUCCUUUGGCUUUCUCUCUAAGAGCUUAACUCAUUUUCUAAACAGUCAAAAGGAAUGGGACCAACAUGUUUUUUGUGACCCCAAGUUCUGACUGACCCAGUCUUGACCUCCUGAAGUACCUUUAUGAUUUUCUCAUUAAAAUUUUGUCACUUACUUAAAA